GCAGGGUAGGACUUUUGCAGCUGCCUCUUCGAUUUGCUGUGGGAUGAUUCAGCUUCCCAUUGAGACCUGUCCAGGCGGUGAUGAUCCUCACAGCUGCAUUUCAGUUUGGGAUGGGCUUUGUGGCGAUCAUGCUCCGCUAUGGGGAGCGCGGUUACUUUCAUCCCCUCGUCGAAGGCAUGAAGAAGCUCGGGUGGACCGUCGUUUGGAUGAUGACCUGUUGCUACUGCGGCCCCUGUUCCUACCUCUACGUCCAUUGCCUGCGCCUGUGCCGCUUCUGCCGCGGACUCACCUGGCGUGGCGGAGCUGCCGCCGCAGAGGCGCUCGAGGAAGAGGAGGUGUCGAGCUCCAGCGAAGAAGAAGCCUUGCAACCGUCCUGGCCGCAGCGGAUGCUGAUGAAGGC